AUGAAUCCACUUCUCCCAGUUAUCCUGCUGCUUGUGAACUGGAGCAUUGACUCCACGGACCCGGAGGUGCGGCAGACUGUCAGUCAACUCUUCAUUCUGGUGCAUGUGGCUCUUUUUGCUGUGGUUAUUUUUCUGUUUGUCCGCAUUUGGUUGCGCAAUGAUACUCGUGCGCUGCAGGUGAAGAAAGCUCACUCGAACGAAUUACAGCAGAUGACGGUAGCUGGCUAUGACUUUUACGAGUGGCGCUCGUUGUUUUUUACGAAGUUGUUGUUAGUGGUCGCGGUUGGCCACUUCGUGGCGUCGCGGUGGGGCACGCCCUUCCCGCUGUUGCUGCAGUGCACUACGAACCCCUUUACAGUGUGGCGCUCGCCUCUCUUCCAGCUUCACGUGCUGGGCCGGCAGGAGGAGGGUAAACUUCUGCGCCCCUGGAAGGAGGAGUCCACUCUGCCUGAGUGGCUGCAGCGGGGGUGGAGGCAGUUUGGAGCGGACGAGGAGGCUGCGGCCGCGGGCUCACCGACGCCAAGAAACAGGAGGCGGAAGUCCUAG